AUGGGAAACACUUUGUUAGAAGCAACUGAUAAAUAUCCAUUAAAGCAGUUCGAUUUAUGGAGUGAAGAGAAACCUGAGUUGUCAGGUUCUAAACUGCUAUUCGAAAGCAAAAUCUUUCAUACGAUGAGCUUUAAUUUAAAGAAUUAAAAUUCAAGCAUCAUUAUGAAAGUUUAUUUAAAAGAAAAUGAUUUUGAUCAGCGGAACAGUAAAAUGUACAAGGAGUAGUUUGAGUAUAUAAAAAAGAAAUUUACUCCUAUUUAUUAUCCUAAUGUUCUGCCAUUUAUGACUCUGCUACACUUUGAUCAAUAUCAGGCAUCUCAAGUAUAAUAAUAACCAUAAUCUUAUAAUUUUGUAGUUGUGGCAAGAUAAAUGAUGUAUUUGACACUUUCUGAAAGAUUUUUGUAUAAACCUUCCUUGUCUAGCUUCGAAAAAAAUUGGAUUUUAUUCCAAACUUUAAUAGCAAUAUAUUGUGUGCACAAACUUGAAAAUAUUUUCCAUGGAGCUAUCAGAUCUUCAAAUAUAUUAUUAACCACUUCUAAUCAUGCUUUUCUUACAGAUUUCGCUAAUUAUAAGCCUUUAUACAUUGAUGAAGCUAAUUAAAUAAGAGAUCUAAGAUUUUUCUAUAAAACUCAUGAAAACAAUUCUACAUUAGCUCCUGAAAAAUUUAAAAAUAAUGUUGAAUAGCAAUUAAUAGCUCUAGAUUAAAUUGCUCCGAAGUUACUGAAAGAUCUCUAAUCGAUGGAUAUUUUUAGUUUAGGUUGUGUUAUAAGCGAUUUGUAUUUUGAAGGAGAUCAACCUUUAUUCACAUACGAGUAGGUCUAAAAGUUUAAAGCAAAACAAUAUACUCCUGAGAGUAUCAUUAAAAAAAUUCAAUGCUAAAAGACUUAAUAAUUAGUUCAUAAAAUUAUAAUGGAGGAAAAUGAAGAAAACCGUAUUGGGAUAGAAGAGGUACUUAAAUAUUUUAUCAAUGAAAUUAUUUAAGACAAAGAAAAGUUUAUGCUACUUUAUUGUUUAGAUACUACAAUAUAAUCAAAUCUAUUAGCCAAACCUGAUUAUAGAAUAGCAUUCUUGAAAGAAAUGCUUCCCAUCAUUCAUUAGGUGUGCAUUUAAUAAGAAAGCAAAGAGUUCAUUGAUAAUCUCCAAUAGAAUUUCAAAUAUUCUUUACCUCUUAGCUUACAAAAGAUUAACUUUAGAAAAUAGAUAGUUGAUGCUGUUUAAAAUUUGAAGUUUAAAAUAUGGGAAAUAUUAGAGUUGGAAAUGCCUUAUUAUUUAAAGCAUGAAAAUAUUUAAUAAAAAUAAUUAGAAUAUGAAAACACAGAAAACUUAAAGGAAAAAUAGUUUAAAACUUGCUGGCAGAAUUAUGAGAAUAACGCUUAAAAACUAUAGGAAAAUCUUUAAAAUGGCAAUCAAGAAUAAGAUAUCCAGCAAAACAAUAAGCAAUAAAAAUAGCAAUAAUAGGUUAAUAAUACUUAAUCACCUGAAUUAAAGUAGAUCAUUAUGCUUCUUUGUACAAAUUUAAGAACUGUAUAAUAUUCAGCAAGUAAGCUAGUAGGUUUAGAAAUGUUAGUUCAUUUAUCUACAUAUUUAUCUGACUAUGAUGUUUUACACGCUGUACUACCUUUUAUUUGUGACUCGUUAGAAGAUUCUGAUAUUUAGGUUGCCGAGUACGCACUAGAAGCUUUUGCAAAACUCCUUUCAAGAUUGCAUGAUCCUUUUGACAGUCUAAAUGACACUACUCUAUACAAGGUAUUCAUAUGGUCAAAUUUCUAGAAAUGUGCAAAAAUUAUGGAUAUUCAUAGAGUGUUCCUGCUUAAUUGCAUAGAUUUAGCAUAAUCAUGCAUAAGACUCUGUAACAUAUCCAUCAAAAAGAGACAAAAAUUUUUGGAAGAAUAAAUGAAUCAAUCGAUAAUAGUUGACAAUCAAUCUAGAGCUCAAUCCAUGAUCAGAAAUUAAUAAGAGGAAAUUAUAUCACCAGAAAAACUAGAAAGUGAAAUUAUAGAUUUAGUAAAGAAUGUUUUCAAAAAAUGUCUUUCAUACGACAGUCCUUCGGAUAGAUCUAACUUAGCUAUUUCUUAGCUAUCAAGAUUUUUAGAGUUUUUGAAAGAAGAUUUAGAGAAAAUGAACUUUUUAUAGAUUUUUAUUUCAUGCUUAAAUAAGACAGAAAGAAAGCUAAGCUGCCUUGAAAAUAUGUAUGAUAUUAUCACAAAAAUAUAAGAUCCUCGAAGUAAAUAGUUUGCUAUCAUUUGCUUAAAGGAAUGCUUGAAAGAUUAAAAUGAGCUUUUUGAGUACACUGCUGUAAAUUGCAGUUGGAGAUUGGUAGAAAAAGGAAUUUUAGACAAAGCCUAAAUUUUAGAGUUUUUAGAUUAUAUCAUUCCAUUAAUUUUGCAUCCUCAUAACUGGAUUAGAAAAGAAGCCAUUAAAUUUGUAGAAGUUGUGAUUACAAAGAUGGAUCCAAUUUAAGUUUUCUUAGAAAUUCAACCUAAAAUUAAAGAUUAUUUAACAGAGGAAGUAGCCAUCAUAAACAAAGACAUUCUGAAGUUAAUUCUUCCGAAGAAAAUAGAUAAAAAAUACGUAGACUAUAAGAACAAGAAGUGCGUUUUUACUGAUAAACUCGGCGAAUAAGAAGUAAGGAAGAAUAUUGAUCUCUUCUAAAAUAAUUAUUUAUCCAGAAUUACCUCAUCUUCCAAGGAAUUAGUCAAAAACUUAAAAGAUGAAGAAAUCAAAUAGUUUGCAAUCAAAUUUGAGAUAGCGAAAUAUAGGCAGGAUUAUAGACAAAAUUUCAGUAAAAGACUUUCAGACUUCCUCAUUUCAGCAUUCAAAUAAAACUUUUUAUACUUUUCGAACAUGGUAGAUAUGAAAUAUAGAUAGUUCUAAGGCUAAGAUGAUAAGCAAACUGAAAAGCUUAUGCUUGAUUACUUUAGAGAAAAAAAAAUAAAUUUUGAUUCAUCAAAUAGCUGCUUUGAAAUAAAUAAUGAACUAUAGAAAUUUUUAAGUUAACUCUAAAUAGAAUUAGCUUUCAAAUAUGAUUAGCUAAUGAUUGAUUACUCUCUUUAUGGAAACCACAACCACAAAAACUUUGCUAAUUCAUUGAUAAAUAUAAAUGAAUUCCUUUUGAAAUUACAAUAAUUCGAUGUUCAAGAAGAAACUGAUGUUGGAAAACCUUUCUUCUAUGACCCAGCUGCAAAUAGUAAUACCAAUUCUCUAAAGAUAUGGCACCCUCAAGGACAGCUCGUUACAACUAUAUACGAGCACAGUGAUGUUAUAAGUAAUUUAGAGUCUUUGGGUAAUAAUCGUCAUUUCAUGUCAGCAUCAUAUGAUGGCACUGUAAGAGUCUUUGACGUUCAAAAUUUAGAGCAGGAUUUUACUUCUGAUUCAAUAGCAUAAAUUAUAUGCAAAGAUAAUAAAGAUAACGCUACAAAUAGAAACCAUAAAAUUAAGGUUAUUAAAACAAUACCUAAUUCCAGCAGCGUACUUAUUGGCACAGAAAAAGGAAGCAUUUAUUUAUACAAUAUCGAGUAAUGCACAAACACAUAGUUGAAUUUAAAUUUAAGAAAAAGAAACCUCCAAACCAUUUAUUGUCAAGGAGAAAUUAGAUGCCUAGAAAGCUUUGAAAAGUGUUUCUUGUAUGCUACAAGCAAAGGUGAAAUAGGAGUAAGAGAUAUUCGUACGAAUUCUGUUGCCCUUUGUAACAAUAUAGGUAAAGAAAGAGGUUUAAUAUCUUCUAUGGUUUUGGCUUCAGGAUUUUAAUCAGAACAAAAUUCGACUGUAGCAAUUGGCACUUUGAAUGGAUAUUGUUUACUUUAUGAUAUUAGAUGCAACCUUUUAUCUCAUAACUAUCAAUUAUUAAAUCAUAAUGAAGAGCCUCUGCCUAUUAUGAGUUUAUCAAACUUUAAUCGUUAUGUGAAUGUAGAUAUUCUAGGAGAUCAAAAGGAUUUACUAGCUAUGAGCUAUGUCUCUGAUAAUCAUGAAGUAGCUAUGUUUAAUCUUAAUGAAUAGAUGGUUGAUAACAUUAAACCAGCUGUUUAUAUGCUCAGCACAGAUAAUUACAAUCCCAUAAUCCAUAAUCCAAUGUUAAAAUCAAUAAAUAAAUAAGAAAACUUUAAAAAUUGUAAUAAAAAUACUCUUAAAGAUAUGAUGGAUUAUGAUUUUAUCCCUAAGUUCUCUGAGUAAGUAGAUGUUUUAAGCUAUCUUAAAGAUCCUUUGAUGACAAAUUAAAAUAACAUUAAAAUGAAAUGGUUAGAGUAGAGCAAUAACUGCUUCUAAAAUAUUAAAAAAAUCUAAGACUGUAAAAAUUAUGUAUCCAAGAUUAUUUGCCUUCCUAGUUAUUCUUCAUAGUCAUAUCAAACUAUCCCUAAAGCUGUCUAAAACUAAAUUAUCACUUGUGGUAACGAUAGAAAUAUAAGAUUAUGGCCUAUGGUGAGUGAUCCUCCUUCAAAAUCAAAUACAUAACUGGAUACACAAAUAAAAGGAUUCCACAUAUCAAAUGUAGAUGACUGCCAACGUAAUUUCUCGUAAAAAAAGGUAGCAGAUGUUCUUACCUUACAUGAAUACUCGAGAACAUCCUUUUAACAAUCAACUGUGUAUCAACAAAAUGUAAAAAAGAAAAGCUAGAUUGAAGAAUAUAAUUAUCCUACUUUUAGUUAAAAUGAUAAGAGAUCUUGUCAUUACGACACAAUCACAGAUAUGAUGUAUUUAGAGAGAGAUUAAGGAGCCUUACUAAUAACUGGAAGUCGUGAUAAAACAAUAAAAAUAUGGAAAUGA